AUGGUCAAGUGUGUUGUAUUUCUCUGUCUCUGUGUGCCAAUCACCGCAAACGCAGUGAGUCCCAGGUCAUUGGACUCUGAUAUCUCCAUUCUCAUCCACAAUGACCUGCUAGAAACCGAAAGUCCUUUGUCGGGUUCAGGAAUUCUGGUGCUGGAUGCGAGACCCUGGCAAGAAGCCACUGAAAGCUGCCAAAAGCUUGGAGAGACUCUCUGGGGGACUGACUCUAAUUACCAGACGACCCAAAGGGACUUGGAUUAUCUUGUAUUCCAAGACAAGUAUGCUCGCAACCAACGAUUUUGGACUGCCUCGGACCACCGCAAACUAUCGACUAUCGACACAACUGGUCGGGUCAAUCAAGCCUCUGCGAACGAAAAGCUGCCCGUCUUCUGUACACAGAGCGCUCCAUUCUCCAACCACACCUUUCAGGAUACAAGUGCGCAGUGGCAGGUGACUGUCCAUUCCAACGAUGAAGAUCUCACUGGAUUCCGCGAUCGGUUCAGUUUCCGCUUUCUGGGAAUUCGCUAUGCUAAACAACCCCGACGAUGGGAAUAUUCAGAAGUAUAUAAAGGGACUGACAAAAAAGUUUCUGCCCUCAACUAUGGCUCUGAGUGCACACAAGGCACGACUGGUUCCGAGGACUGCUUGUUUCUUAACGUUUGGACUCCCUAUCUUCCCAAGAACGACCAAGCCUCAAAGAGCCAACUCAAGCCUGUAAUGCUUUGGAUUCACGGCGGAGCUUUCACCAGCGGCACUGGCAGUGACCCGACGUUCGAUGGCGGCAAUCUAGCCUCGAGAGGUGACGUUGUGGUCGUCACAAUAAAUUACCGUCUAGGAACAUUGGGAUUCCUCGCAUUGGAUGAUGGCAAAACCAACGGGAACUACGGAUUGGCAGACCAGAUGACGGCGUUGGAAUGGGUUCGUCAAAACAUUCAAGACUUCGGCGGCGAUCCGGACAGGGUAACCAUCUUCGGACAAUCGGCCGGUGCAGCCUCAGUACGGGCACUACUUGCUUCUCCUGCAGCACGAGGUAAAUUUGCUGGUGCAAUUAUGCAGAGCAAUCUGGGUGGCUUGGCGUAUGGCAAAACCUACUCGAAGUACUUUACCAUCGCACAGGAAAUGAACGUUGUAGGGAAUGCUAUUCUCAACGAGACAAACUGCACAUCUGCGGCUUCACCGGUCGAAUGUUUGAGACAACUACCCGGAUCAACGAUUACGAAUCUCGCCGACUCGGCGCGGUACCUGGUUGUUGAUGGCGUCUAUCUCCGAACCUCGGAGCUGGAUUUAACAAACCCAGCAUCGACUGCCAAUGUGCCUUUGAUGAUAGGUACUAUGAGAGAUGAUGGUGCUGCCAUGAUUGGGUAUCCAACAGGAGAAGAAACGCUGGAGUCCUUCCUCAAUCAAUCCGGCCUGCCUGACUCAGUUGCAUCAAGCCAACUCUUUCCAGUACCAUCAACCGCAAACACUACACUCGAUAUCUUCAAUAUUUCCUCUCGCAUAGCCACAGAUGGAAUGUUCCGCUGCAUCGACGAAGCCACUGCACAUACAGCCUCAAGGACACAUUUCUUUUCCGAUGUCUACUACUACGAGUUCAACCGUUCAUACCAAAUGCCCAACUGGUCACCGAAUGCUCCGGUGUGCAAUGCUCCCCUCACAGACGAGUUCCCCAAUGGCGACCCCAGCCAGGAGUAUUUCAAAUGCCAUUCUGGUGAGCUGUUCUACGUUUUUGGAAGUUUCCAUCGUCAGGGGUUGCCGUUUCGGGAUGAGUACGAUCUACCCUUUGGGCAGUACGUGCUGGAUUCUUGGGCAAGUUUCACGAGGGUGGCUAGACCUACUCCCGACUUGGCGUUUUUGAAGGCAAGAGGAUAUAAAAACACUACUCGGGAACUUGAGGCAACCGGGCUGUGGGAGCCGUUUAGUAAAGGAGGCCAGCUUCGACUGCUUCAGUGGCCGUCUGUGAUGCAAGAUUUGGAUGAAUUGGAACAAUGUCGUGUAUUGAAAUUGUCUUUAGGCUACUUCGACUCUUAG